GGUACGAUUCGUACCAGUAAUCUGUAUUCUCGAUUGUUCAAAAGGCCGAAAGAAGGCAUUGGGUUCCACAACUCCUUCUACUUCAGCAWUUAUUCGGUACUAUAUUUUCUCAUCAAUUUAUUCCGAUCACUCUCCAUUCAGGCCUUGUGAUAAUAAAUGGAGGCAAUCGACUACAAAAAGCUGUUGCGAGAGGAGCGGAAACGACUGAAGAACAAGAAGAGCAAUCAAUCGGUCAGGAAGCAAACCGAAGACAACGAAACUGAAGCAGGAAAUCACAACCUAAAGAAAAAUCAGAAGAGAUUUGAUACUAAUGUCAAUCCCGAUUAUCAAGAAGAGGCAAUCGACUACAAAAGGCUGUUGCGAGAUGAGCGAGAACGACUCAGGGACAAGAAGAGUAUUAUAUCGAACACUAAUGUAAGAGAGAGAAACUCRAGCUUCAACGAUUGCAGGUGGGAUUUUGAAGCUGGCUUUCUCAGUUUUCGAAAUCUUGCCCUAAGGGUGAUCAGCGAAGAUCCCCAGUUAAUUUCCUACUCGCCGACAGCACUUGGACAACAGACACCAUUACGAUAUUCACAAAAAGAAGACAAUACAUACGAUGCAAAGAGUAGCGAACAUAUAUCACCAGAGGAAGCCCUAAUGAAUUGGCUCGAACGCAUACCGAGCGGUGACUCUGGUCUACGGGAAUGGAAGACGAUGACUUAUGGAAAGCGACGAGUUUGUAUGUUCGGAGAAGAAGAAGCGUGUUCAAACAUCGAAUCACCACAAUCUUUGCCUCCACCACUGAACGAUAUUGCAAGAGAAAUGGUGAAACAAAACAUCUUUCCCUCAUCCUCGCCACCGAACCAUGUCUUGCUCAACGAAUACCAACCGGGACAGGGCAUUCUGCCUCACACAGACGGUCCCUUGUACCUAGAUCGGACGGCAACGUUAUCUCUGGGUAGUAACGUCGUGAUUGAAUUCACAAAGAGAUUGUCUUCGAACCAAAUCGGAAGAAAACAGAUCUCCAAMACGAUUUUUUUUUCGCGCAAUCACAUUCCGAGUAAAGAGGAGAAUAUUCAUCAGCAGAUUGCGGACAAAGAUCCCAUUUCAAACGAACCCGGUGACGAACCCAUAACUGUUUUGUUGGAAUCGGGGUCUCUGUUGGUCUUUGAAGGRGAUGCAUAUAUGAACUAUUGUCAUGGAAUAGAGAUGGAUSUUUUGCAGGAUGUCACGACUGMUAAGUGCCUGAACGCCCCUGCGGGUCGAGUCGUUCCCCGAGGGUUUCGUUAUAGUCUGACAUUUCGGCAUAAGAAACCCAGAGCAGAAGCUAAAUCCUAGAAGAAGUAUCAAAGAGAGUACACAGCAAUGCCGUCAGGUAUGAAUAAAAAAUAAUAGAGAUAUUCACAAUGC